AUGUCCGACAUAGUCCAGCGCACCGAAGAGCUCGUCCGCGAGUACAUGUCCAAGUACGACUGCUCGCACGACUGGUUCCACGUGCAGCGCGUGGUGCGCCAGGCGCUCGCCCUAGCCGAGUCCUGUCGACCGCCCCGUCGAUACGCUGGUAGUCCACCUAGCCGCCCUUUUGCACGACGUCGAUGACGCAAAGUACCGUAAGCCCGACGAAACUCCGUUCUCUAUCCCCUCCUUCCUUCAAGCCGCCGGCCUGGACACUGCACGCGCUCAGCUGGUCAAGCGCAUUGUCGACCAUGUAUCGUUCCGCAAGGAGCUGCUGGCCAUUGAACUGGACCAGCUCGGCAAGAGCUCUGAGGAGGAGCGCGUGUUCCGCAAGGAAGUGUGUGGAGUUGGCGUGCGUGCAGGACGCUGACCGACUCGAUGCCAUUGGGGCGUUUGGCGUGCUCAGGUGCGCGGCGUUUUCGGGCGCCCGCAAUCGCACCUUGCAUGACCCGAAGGAUGUCGCCAUAGAAGACAUUUCCUACGCCCAGUAUGUGGAGCAGGGCGGCUCUGGCACUGCUGUUGCGCAUUUCCACGAAAAGCUGCUCAAGCUUGCUGGAAUGAUGAAGACUGAUGCCGCCAAGCAGCAGGCCAAGGACCGCCACCAGUUUAUGAUCCAGUUCCUGGCCCAGAUCCAGCAGGAAUAUGAUUUUGCCAGUCUGCCCAGGCACUGAGUUUUGGGGGCCCAGUGGGCCUGGCUGCUUUCCCAUGCAGAUCGAGGGGAGGCCAAGGUCUGAAAAACUUUUCAUGUAGCUCCGCAUAUUUGGUCGCACUGGCGCCAGACCAUUUCCAUGUAGGUUUAGCCGCACAUGAAUAAACUCUGCAUCGGCCGCGUUCCUGUUCCCACCGGCCGUGUUCUACAAAAAAGUGUGCUGAGCCAAGAGCUGAAAACCUUAAUAUCCCUAGUGCUACAUUACCCAUCCCUCCUCCAGGCAGGCGAUGGAAGAUGGGUCCGUUUCUGUAUUUGCAUUGGCUGGUCGGC